AUGCGGUUCAUUCUAUCAAGAUUGGAUGUUAUUAGCCAAACAAAGAGAGUUUUCGGGGUGAGACUCAGGAAUAUCCUGAGUUUAUCACCGGAAAAGCUUAGAAUAGCACUUUUUGGAUCCGAUGAGUUUAGUGUUCAUUCUCUUGAAAAACUAUUAAAGUUUCAAAAAGAACACCCACUGAAGAUUGAGUCGAUACAUGUUAUAACUCGAAGCAUCAAAUCCAGAGGAAGGAAAAGCAAAAUAAUCCAAGACUUACCAAUAGCAACUUACCUUUUGAGAAACAACCCUUCGAUAGAAAUAAUAAGAGCGGACUCAGCGCAGGAAAUUUCCAACAUCAAUGACAGAUUUGUGUUUGAUUUGAGUAUUGCAGUAGCCUACGGUAUCUUGAUACCUCAAAAAUUCAUUGAGAACUGUAAAUAUGGUGGAAUUAACGUACAUCCCUCUUUGCUUCCUAGGCAUUCGGGUUCUUCACCACUUCAAUAUGCAUUGAUGAAAAAUGACUCUUACACGGGAUGUACAGUUCAAACAUUACACCCAACAAAAUUUGACAAAGGAGAUAUUUUAAUCCAAUCUGAAGAGAUUCCGAUAGAACACGAGGAUAACUUUGAUUCUUUGCAAUACAAAUUGGGACGAAUAGGCGCCAAUUUGCUUAUCAAGGUAAUAUCUGAGGAUAUGUAUCUUUCUCCUAAGGAACGGGUUCCUCAGAAAAAGUAUGAGUUUUCUUUAGCUGCUAAAAUCCCUGCAGGAAGAGCUGAAAUCUUGUGGUCGAAGUAUACAACUCUGCAUAUUAUAUCUUUAACUAAAGCAUUAGGUACAUUAUUUUCCUAUAAACAGGUUUGUAUCAAACGGAAGAAAGCUGAUGUUAACGAACUCCAAAAGGUCAAUUUUCGUGAGAUUUCACAAGUCGAUAUAAAAGAUUUAAGUCUGGAGACAGUGAAAUCAUUGAAAGGUGAAGGCGACUUCACUAUUGAACACCACCCAAAUCCAAGAAUAAUUGUUAAAACUAUCGAUGGUUUUAUAGCAAUACAGAAACUUACAUUCCAAUGUUACAAUGAAGAGCUGCCAGAAAAGUUUUCCAGUGCUUUAACGAAGAGGGCUGGUUCAACUUCUAAUACAUUUUUGCAAAAAAUGUGA